AUGAGAAACUAAUUAGUUGAUAUUUUAAAAUCUGAUCUACCUAAUUAUAGUGUAUACUAAAGAAAUUUGAUUGGUAUCCCAGAUCCAUAUUCCUAUAAUCUUGAAAGUGGUAUGUCCAACCAUAUAAUUAUCAAUUAAUAGGAUUUUAACAUAAAUGAGGACUAUAGAUAAUUCACAAAGAAAGUUUCACAAAAUUAAAAUUACACGCCAGUAAUCGAAUAAGAAAACAGACCAAUUACUUACAUUCAGUAAGAUAUUCCUAAUUUUGAUAUAGAAUACAAAGGUACGAGGAGCUUAUUUAGCAAUAAGUACAAAAAGUAUCAAGAUCCUAUGUAAAAGGAACUUGAUUUAUUAAAGUAAAGCGAUGUAUAAAUACUAAGAUAAUAAGUCACUUAAAGCUAACAUAAUUUAGGAACAGCGUUAUCUUUUUCUACAGACAGACCCUUUAGCUCAAGUUUAUAGUAAUCAAGAUAAUUAAGUGAGUAGAGAACUCUCCUCCCUUCCUAUCUAAAUUCAAAAUAAAUAUCUGUAAGAAAUAAUUAUAAUUAAAGUACUGACUUUAAAAGCUCUUAUGAAGGUUAUAGCAAUAAAUAAAAUAGAUAGCUAAAUAAUGAUAGAUUAGAAAAAUAAUAUAAAUAUACAAAUCAAAAUGAUAAUUAGGUAUAUAAAUCAAUGGUAUUUGAAAGUAGAUAUAAUGUUUAACCAAAUUAUUCUCGCUUUUUACUAGAAAGUGGAGAAAGGAAGGUGUUUACUUCUGAAAAGAAAUCACCAUACACAUCAUAAUUAAUGUUUAAUUAAUAUAGCUAGUAAGAAAAUAUAAAUGAAGCCACAAAUGUAAAAAAUCCUUUAAACUUAUAAACUCCAUAUUUUUAAAAGUUAAAUACCACAUAAAUUACUGACAAACCAUAAAUCUUUACAAAAUAAGUAAACACUUUUUAUUGA